AUUGGUAACAAUUCAACACAACAGUAAAUUUAGUUAACAUUAUUGUGUAAAAUCAUAAUUACGUAAAGAUUAAGUCAUGUAAACGUCAAGACAUUUCAUUCAAUUCAUUCAAGUUUUAAUCUCAAGGUUUCUGUAUUUUUAUGUGAUUUACAAGUGUUUUGUUUUAUUCAUUGAAUACAUUGUAUAAUCAAGUGUUACAACAGUGUAACUGAAAGAAUCUGUGGUAUGAAGAGAGUGCCGAUACCUUACAAGCGAACGAUGGCCAUCAGGUACUCGGAUCCGGGAGUUAUUGACGAAAAGAUAGUUCAAUUGCAACGGGUUAUUGUCAACACACAAACCAAUCGUAACAGACAAUUACCCGGAUAUCAAUUGAUGACAAAUCCAUUGGAUAAGCAAAUACCACUUACCAAUGACAGGCUUUACUCGGGCAUCGAUUGUGAUGAGGUUUAUCCUAACUUAUUCAUCGGUAAUGAAGCCAGUGUCAGAAACAAGGCUUACUUGAAAAUGAUUGGCGUAACACAUGUUGUCAACUGUGCUGAGGGUACGGGCUUUACAAUGGUAUCGACGGGUCGCGCAUACUAUGCUGACGUUGGUAUACAAUACAUAGGCAUCAAUGUGUUGGAUGUACCGCACGCACGAAUUUCCGGCCAUUUUCAUGAAUGCGCUAAUUUUAUCGAUAAGGCUCUCAAAGAAGGAGGACGUGUAAUAGUGCACUGUUUUGUAGGACUGAGCCGAUCGGCAACCAUUGCCCUCUCAUAUCUUAUGAUUAAGAAGAAUAUGAACGCAGAGGAAGCUCUAAGAACUGUCAAAAGGAAUCGUGAGAUUCGUCCAAACGAUGGAUUUUUAAGACAAUUAUUAGCAUUGGAGUCGAAAUUAUAUAAAAACUAACAGAAAAUUCAUUUAAUUUU